AUGCCGUCUCCCUCCUCGCCUCCUCCACAGUCUGUGGAGGCAAGAGACUUCACAUACCAACAGUCGUCACCACUUUCCCUCCGGCAGCAGUCGGUCUCUCCUCCACCAGCUCCACCACCAACGGAUCCCUCGCAGCCUCACGACUAUAAUUUUUCUGGCGCGGUUUACGAUGAGAGUACUUCAAGUGCAGAAUCAGAAGAUGUUUUGGUGGCAGAGCCUGCACUCGAAAACGAUUUCUUAGAUGUCGAUCGACGCAUCUCGGGAUGCUCCUCAAUCUCCUCCUUCCCAGUCUCAGUGUCGCCAAAUCUACCUCCGGAACAAGGCCGAUAUGGAAGUCCAAGAACACCUUCAAAACGUGGCUCGGGGGAGACGUCUACAUUUGAGCCAUUCGGGGGGACAGACUACGCAAUGACGUCGCCCAGGAGCGCAAGAGAGUAUCAUUCGGUGUUUCGCCAUCCAAGCAGUGUCAGGGCGUUGCAAAUGCGAGACGAAGUUUUCAGUGAUACUCAUAGCGUUUGGAGACAUCACAGACGCAGCGGAUCACAAAUGUCAUCCUACAGCCAUCGAAGCUCUUGUUCCACCCAGACCUCUCCCGCAAAACGAUCGGGGCGGCCUCGCCGAGGUUCAGGCCAGAAAGCGAGCAGUAACCUCAAGAAAGAGUUCCCACUGGUGCUCCUUCACUGCACGCUAUUACCACCAACCCUGCUGCUACAAUCGACUCCCCAUGAAGACUCUCUACUGAGUGAAUUUUUACCCGAGGAAUACAGGGAUCGGUGGAUUGCAUUACGAGACAAACUAGUUGGAGACACGGAGGUGCGAACAAGGGGGAUACUCAUACCGCACCCUCGAGAAGAUUACGAGCUUCUUGAAGAGCGCCUCCUAGAGAGCUUGGAACUGCAAGUUCCUAGGAUUCGGCACAAUCACUUCUUUCGAAAUGAUGGCAAAGGUGGCGAUAGCGGCUUCGAAAGUGGCAGUCAUACCGAAGAUGAGGGUGAGAUGGAUCUGCCAAAUGAUAUCAAAUGUCCUGAUUGCGGUCGUCGACUACGAGCAGAUGAAGUUAAUCGCAAAUGGGAAAUUAAGGUAUUUGCUGCCAAUGGACUCAUGCGAGCAGGAGCGUGGGGGGCUGCGUGGCAGGAAAUGGAAAAAGUUGAUGUUGAAGUUCGAGUCUGGCUUCCCGAAGAUCUCAGACGUGGUCUAGAGGCGAGACUUCCUCUUCUCGAAACUUCUCGUCUUGAAACGGGACCGGUGGACUCCCCUAACGACUUUCAAGCAGCCAAGGUCCCGAGUGCUCAUGAACGCGAUGAAUACGGAGAUGCUGGAAGGCUUGCAAGUCAGGUCGAGCUCGAUGGAUUAUACGAAGGACCUGGAGCAACGACAGAGCCAGUGACAGCGAUACCACAUCCAAUGCCUGUCGGCCACGAUGUGCCGACAGUGAUGGUAGCUUACGCGAAGCAUUUCUUUCGAGACAACAAGAAUUUCUUGGCCGGUGUCUUGAGUUCCCUGGUUCUGUUCUUCGCAUUGACGGGGAGAGAAGCUCCAGGGAAAGGAGAUAUUGCAGCGCCAAAUAGUGUUUCGACCCAAUUAACCGAAAUUCUCACCACCACGGUCACUGCGACGAGAAUCGCGAUCUCAACUGCUACUGUCACCACCUCCAUUUCACGGGUCACAGAGACUUCUCUGGCAUCAUCUGCUUCGGAAGAAGCGGGAUCGUCGACGAAGAAUGUUAAUGAAGAGUUCAACGAACUCUCUCUACACACGGCUCCCACGGAAGCACUCGUCUCCAGCAUUGAGAUUUCAGAGGGGACAAGCCUCCCAGAACCAGACGGGACGACUGGUCCUAUCUUAGAAGAAGCGAAUCCGGGAUCAGUCUACGCUUCCGAUGACGAGUGA